AGGGCCUGGCGUCCCUUCGAGCCGUCGUUGGCAUCAAUGGACUCACCUCCCUAAUCUCCCUGAUUGAACGCAUCGGCGUUCAACCCCCUCUUUCCCCCUUAUCUUUUCCUCCCCCCCCACCACCAGCCUUGCAGUGCCCCUCCGACCGCCCCCUGGCUCUCUCCUCGGGCCUUCUCGCGUCGCUGCUACAGCCGGGGGUGGUGGGGUCCCAAAAUGGGGAUGUGAGAUUGGCAGUGCUGCGCCUGCUGCAGGACUUGGCUCCUGAAAUGACUGUUGAUACUACCUCUGCUGCCACCGCUGGUGCUGCUGAAGGGGGGAGCAGAUGCAAGGAAGAUCAAGUUCCUGAAUCUGAGGCGGUUAUUGGGGCCCGGAUCGAGGCUGUAUCUGCCCUGCAGAAGCGCCAAGGUUCAGGUGGAAAUUCAGGUGGUUCAGGUGGCGAUUCAGGUGGGGUAGCAGAGCCGGAUUCUGGGGAUCUACAGGAGGAGCUGGAUGCCUUGCUGGCGACGAGACGCGCUCUGAUUGGCCGAAAGGUGGCUGUCGCCAGGGGGGAGAGCGGAGGGGGGGGCAGUGGGGGAGGUGCAGGAGGUCCAGGGGGGAGGGGAGGAGGGGGGAAAAAGGGGGGGGGAGGGAUGGAGGGGCAGCAGGAGCAGCAGGAGGAGAAGCAGGGGGCAGCAGGAGGUGCAGCAGUAACAGGAGCGGGUUCUCAACAGCCGCUGAUGUUUCUGGGAGCACCAUGA